AUGAAUGAAUGCAAAGAAUCAACGUACUUGAGUUAUAUGCCCGUCUGGAAUGAUUGCAAACCUGUGGAACUGUUUUGGGGUUCACCUGUCAACAAUUUAACAAUCAUAUUUCAAACAAACCUUACAACGGCGCAUCAGUUUUGUCUAAGUGGUGGAGCAUGCAUCGAUGAUGGUAUAAUGUUGAUAACCGACAAAGCCGAAGAAAAAGUUUCGCUUGGAUGGUCGCCGGAAUCUCGAUGCUUUAAACGCAAUGCAGGUGAAAAUAUGAUUAAAUUCAAGUUCAUGGCCGGUGAAAAAUGGCACUGCUACGGAACAACGAUAAAUUAUAGUUAUGAACAGUAA